CCUCCCAGGCCCCUGUGGGCCUGUCACCCUCCGCCCUGCCGCCGUCACAAUGGCCAGAGCGGCCCCUGCCCGGGGCCUCUGUGACAUCACGCAGGGAGGGCCCAGCCCUAGGCCCCCGGUCUCCCGGUGCGAGGGCAACCAGACCCACCAUGAGCAGCUUCCUGCCCCACCUCUGCUCGCCAUGCGGACGCUGACAUGGUGCUUGUUCUUGCCUCUGUGCCUGUCCUGCGGCUGCGCCUUCAUGUUCUCUUCCGUGAGGGGGAGCGUCAAGGAGCCCCAGGGCCAGGCGCCCUGCGGGGGGCACUUCCGGGUCAGGCAGAGUCUCCCCGAGCACGCCCAAGGCUGGCUCGCCAGCAAGUGGCUCUGGCUCCUGUUCGUGCUGGUACUGUACGCGGUUCUCAAGUUUCGAGGAGGGUACAGUGAGAAGAGUAAGGAGAAGAAUCCUCCCGGCCCUCGAGGCUGCUCACUGCGCGCUCAGCUGAAGAAAAACCAGAAUGCUUCCCCCGGCAAAGACUUCGCGUUCACUACCUUGCACCAGCUCGAAAUGGAACUCGUGAAAUUCCUCUCCAGGGUGCGGCAUCUGAAGGACGCUGCGGCCCACGGCAAUAGCCUCAAGCUCCCGGUCUUCGAGGUGCCUUCGGACCCUCAAAAUAACGUGACGAUAUAUGAGAUAUGGGGCGAAGAGGAAUGCGAGUGAAUGGAUUUGUGUAUCGAAGUAGGACAGGAAAAGUUGAGUGUUGACAAAGGAUAUGCAAACCAAUAAAACUAUUCUGAAGAAAAAUCUCAAAUGGGAGAUUUUUGUUUCCUCCGUUGUUAAACUUAAAAAAAAUAAAUGUGAAACCAGUCGCCAUAGCCAUUCACGUUGUGUUUGUGGCCUUUCUCACUUCCUUGAGAGUUGCAGGUGCUGAGAAGUGUAUCCCAGAGACACAGCUGCCUGG